AAGCGGAAAGCGGAAGUGGCGGAAGUGAAGUUUUAGCCUCGCGGGAAUAUUUCUGGUCCCUUCGUGCGUUUUUAUAGUUGGUGGAAGAACCAAACAACAUUGACAUAUAAACUGACGUUGAGUAAGGAUUAACCUUCUCUCAGAUUUUUGAAGGCACUUUAAAUACACGUGCGUUUUUCUUUUUUUUGUUCUGGGCUUAGCAUUAAGUUUAGCUUUUUUGUUAGCCGCUAAUGGUGUUGAGAUAGCCGCUACAGCUGCAAAGUAGCCUUACUUUGGAUAAUAUAGUCAACAGCUAGUUUAGGCUGCGACUUUCAGAUAAAAAUGGCGGAUCAUAUGGACGGUGACCUGGAAGAUGGAGAAAUCUCCGGUUCCAACUCGGAUAAUGAGAUGGGUACCGCUGCAGCUGAACAUGCCCGACCCCAGGUUUCUUCAGUUUUUAGCGGGCAGUCCUUCCAAAGCACAGCUUCUUACCGCAUUAACAAUAAGACGGUGGAUUCAAGCAACAGCGACUCAGAUUCGUCAGAUGAUGAGGCAACAGUCUGGCGCCGAAAGCGGCAGAAAGUUACCAACGCUCCGCAACCGACUGCAUGCAACUCCCUGCGAGGGCCGACGCCUAUGCACGCCACCGGCGCACCGGGAAGCCGCAAGGUGAACAACAUAUGGGGCUCUGUGGUCCAAGAGCAGUGCCAGGAUGCUGUAACUGCAGAGCUUGGCAUAUUUGGCAUGGAAGGGGUUGACAUGUCCAGCAGAAAUGUGGAAACAUACAACUUUGUCUUGGCUCGUAAGAUGAUGGAAAAGGACAGAGAGAUGGAGAAGCAGUCACAGCAAGUGAAGGAAGAAGGAGAAGUUAGUAUGCUGGAUGCUGAGCUGGAGGACUACAUGAAAAACCGGGGAUUGGAAGACAGAUCAGGGGGUGAUGCGAAGAGAAAAAGGCCAGUUAAAGAGAGACUGAGCACAGUCGCUGAGAUGGACGUCAAGGGUCGGUAUGAGAUCACAGAGGAUGAUCCGGAUGAGAGUGUGUCUGAUGAAAUAGCGUACAGACUAAAAGAGACCAAAAAAGAGCUGAUCGAGCGUGUUGUCAAAGUUAUUGGGAAGAAAAAAGCCAUAGAGUUGCUUGGAGAAACUGCCACGCUGGAGGAAGCUGGUGGUGUGUACACCAUGGAUGGCAGCAGGAGGCGGACGCCUGGAGGGGUGUAUCUCAAUCUUAUCAAGAACACACCCAGCAUCACCAAGACCCAGAUCAAGAAGAUAUUCUUCGAGGAACAACUAAAAGAGAACAAGAGCAGGAAAGCUGCCCAGAAGAGGAGGCGGCACAUGGUGGCUAAGAAGAUGAAGCAGGCCAUUGGGACGCUGAACCUGCAGGAGCAUGACGACGUCUCCAGGGAGACUUUUGCUAGUGAUACCAAUGAAGCCUUGGAGUCAUUAGAGGAGGCUGCGGAAGAAGAGGAAGAAGUUCAGGAGGAAGCUGCUGUGGGCACUGAGGAUUCAGUAGUAGUUUACAACUCCACAGAUCUGGAGGUUUUCUAAAAGCUGACUUGUUGUCUGGAGAAGAACUACUAUGACUAAGAUUAAAAUGGCACACAGAAAGCACUAUGAAUAAUAAAUAGUCACACUGUCCUUAUUUGUUUUUCUUUAUUAAAUGUGUUUUACAUCGAUCAUAAUGUAAAACAAAAGAAAUACUUCUGUUUAAAUUUGUUUUCACUUAUAGAAGGUUUAAUUUGUGAUUAUAAAUGGUGUCUAAGUCAAAUUUGAACUGAACAAGAUGUGUCUGAUUCCCAGUCUUUAAUGGUUUUCGUGACAAUGAGGUCUUGAUUUAAUAAAUUAGUGUGGCUGUAUCUUCAAAAUGAAUAAAGUAAGUGGUAAAAUUAUAAAAGAAAAACAAUAAGU